AUGGCCGACCUCGCCGGCACAAUCGUCGGGGCGGUCUCCUUCGGGCUGCAGCUCGCGACGGCCCUCCAGACGUUUACGGUGCUCGCCAUCGAGGCGGACGACGCGCUGCGCGACAUCGUGUUCGAGGUCAACGCCACGGCCGCGGCCCUCGGUCAGCUGCAGACCAUUGUCGACGCGGACAGGGCCAUCCCCGACGAUGAUGAUGAUGAUGCCGCAGCCAGGUCCCGCGUGCUGAACGACAGCGGACGGCACCAAGUCCAGACGCUGGCGCUGCGCUGCGAGAAGGUGUACGGGGUUAUCGUCCGGCUCGUGCUGAAAGCGAGCGGCAGCGGCAGUAGCAGCACCGGGAACAACAACGAAGGCGGCGACGGCGGCGAUGGUAACCCUACGCUAAGCGGGGGGCGCGCCCGGGCGGCGCUGCUGGACGUAUCGACGCUGAAGCCCAUGAACGUGCUCAGGCGGCUCCGCUGGCCGUGGCUGAUACCCCGAAUCAACCGCUGCCAGGAGCAGUUGCGGUGGCUCAAGAUCAGCUUGCUCGUCACGCUGCAGGUUGCGAAUCUGGCUGGACAGCAGAUCAGGGCCGGGGAGAAGGCAGCAUCUCCCGAGGAUGAUGGUGAUGAUGAUGAUGUCUGGGCGCGGCAGGCCAUUGACAAGCUCUGGCAGCGCCAGGCUCUCCUUGAGCGGCGGGCGGCGGUCGGUGAUGGACGAGCAGGCGAUGACAGUGCCCGAGCAAGGGGAAGGUCAUCGAAGAAGUCGGAUGAAGCGAUGCGGCCAAGGCCAAGCGCAGCCUUGGCCACUGAUCAAGACGCCGCCGGCUCCAUCAGCCAGCCUUCACCACUUGUCGGAAACUUGACGAACCCCUACGCACGUACAGCAGCAUCUCCGGACUGGCAACUGGGUACAACGUCGUCGAGACAUGUUACAGGUGAGUGUUCGCCUUACAACGAGAGCAAGGCCGCAGUGAGCGUGGCCUUUGUAAGCCGGGGCCGCCAGCACAACACGUACCGUGGCGAAAGCGGCGCUGUCGGUCGCGCAAAACGAUACCCCUGGGUCGACGACCUGGUAGAGCCUAGAGGAUCACUGGUACGCAACAAGACCGCUGCGCAGGAUGUGAAAGCGCCAUGGCAAGAAAGGAGAGUGCCAUGGCAAGAGCACGAGCCGGAGCUAAACACACCGGACGUCACCGGGGGCAAGACUAUACGACUAGCCCGAGGAGCCCAUUCUUCAUCAUCGUCACACGCACAUACUGGUCAAGAGAACCGCGGAAACGUAUUCGCGCAAUGGUUUCCUAGACUCGCCGGUGCUGGGUCCAAGGGGCCACCACUGUUUGUGAAGGACACCCCCAGCGACGAUCUGAAAGCCUUCAUCGUCGAUGAGCAGGGGGGUAUACGGCCCGUGCCGUUUGGCCACCGGAACCUCGAGUACAAUCUCACACGGAUCGUCAAAUCGCACAAGCGAAGCACUUGGACGCAGUACCUGGAUGCGGACGCGGAGACGCAGGCCCUGCUCGCCAAGGCCACGGAUUCAGCCAGGAAGACGACGAACCACAGCGUCGCCCUCGUCGCCUUCCAACGGCUCGAGAGUCGGCCAAACGCCUUAGUCGUGUUCUACGCCGUAACAGAGCCCCUGCAGCCGGUACAGUUUACUAAGGAUGUGAGCCGUAGGUUCAUGGUUCCGUACGGUGCGUGUGACACCUACGAGGAGUUUUCCCGCACUAUACUUGCGCUGUUGAGCGAUGACCCACGGCUGCAAAGGGCGGUGCGCAAAGGGUCGUUUGAGCUCCGGACCGAACGCGGCGAAACGAUUCACCCGACUCUUUGGGCGGGAUGGAUACAGCCCGGUGCUAUUGUUGUAAUGAAGGCUUUGCCUGAGCGCAGCGUACCAGAUUUCCCGGCCGGAUCUUCAAAGGACGGCCGCGCGGAUGAGAAGAUGCCCGAGCAUAGCAGACCCGUCCGAAGGCCUGGAAUAAGCGGGCAUUUGCACAGCGGUGCGCCGGUAGAGGCUGUUCGGCCCUCGUCACCUCCAUGGGAACGCAUUUUUGUCCCUACUGAAAUGGCGUCUGAGAAUACAUAUGAAACGGUGGUUGAGGAGAACAAGGGCGAUGAGACGGUGGCUGAGAAUAUUGAGGCCGGCAAUGUGCAAAUCGCCGCGGCUGUGGCUCACGCACGCCGUAGGAGAACCGUGCUCGGCCGCCUGGUGGGAUCGCUGGGUUCCCUCGGCACAGGUCUCUCCAGGCGACGGCGUGGGCGUCGUGGCGGGCCGGUUCAGGACAGUCUUGAAGGCGUCACAUGGAUGACCCCAGGCAAGCAUGUGGUGGUGGGCGUCGACGAUGCUACGGAUGACGAUGUCGCAUCGUGGGAACCUGACAACGAAGACGAGGGAGAAGGAGCACACAGUGAUAGCUAUAAACAAGACGGACUAGCUGCUGGGUCAGACGAUGAUUCUGAGGACAUUGCCUUGGAGGAGUAUACCAAGGAGGCCGUGCCGGGGACCACUCGGUCAGUCGACGAACUGCUUCGACGCUGGACGAACGCGCCGCGGAGAGAGGUGUCGUCUGACAUGGCGGCAUGAGGCGAGGGC